UAGAUGUCCAAAUUAUUUGUAGUCUAAGCGAGAAUUUCAGAAUAUAAGACCAGAAAACACAGAUUUUUAUUGGUGAAAAGCCAUAGGGAGUUUACUUGCAUAUUGUGCGUACGUAAAAGUGAAACACCCCACUUUCUAAUUUAACAAUUAUUUACCGUUGUAAGAUGAUAACAUAAAUGAAGCAAAAUACAACGUAGAACGUUGAUAUGGUACAACAUUUGCGUCAAACCUUGCGAGGGGAUUUUACAUGAAUUCGGUUAUAGAGCUGAGGUGUGUGGCGCAUGCGCACACCGGCUCCAUCAUUGUGUCUACUGGAGUACGAGAGAGACAAACCUCGCUUACCUUUAAUAAACUAACGUCUGUCAUUUCACCCUGAAACCUUCGUGAAAAUCUCCAGAAGCAGGUAGGACCUCUGAAUUAUGAAGCAGUGCUCGACUGGACCUUCUCUCUACUCCUUUAGUCACCAUACAUGCUGCUGGUGUAACCAAGACCGCUUCUACUGUUCCUAGUGGUUUGGCGGCCUCUCUCCAAAAGAAAAAAAGGAGAAUUCACGAUCCAGCUGUUGUCUGGUCACAUAUGGUGCAUUGUUUGCAUUCUCGAGCUUACAUCCCCACUGCUCAACCCCUUGCCAGCCUGUGGCACUCGUAGGAUUCAUCUACACAGGAUAUUUUUAAGCGUGCUCUUGUUUUUCCUGGAUUGCACGUGUGUAAAGGCCAUUUUUAAAGUUUUUUGUCCCCACUGCCACGCGGGUGGUGGCAGGACAUCGUAGGCCAUGGAGCCCAAUAUGGAGUACUGUCUCACGCAGGUGCUUCAGAAGGAUGUGGCCCGCAGGUUGCAGAUGGGUCCGGAGCUCAUUGACUACAUCACAGAUGCUGACAAGUGUCACGACCUGGAGAGUGACCAGACUGCAUUGGAUAAGAUGGUGGAUGGAAUUGCAACCUUAUGGGUUAACUCAAGCAACUUUAAGCUGGCUCUGAUGGGAAUAGACCUACUGUCUGCCUUAGUGACAAGAUUACAGGACCGAUUUCGGCCCCAAGUUGGUACAGUUUUGCCCAGCUUGAUAGAUCGUUUAGGCGAUGCCAAAGAUCAAGUCAGAGAUCAAGAUCAAAUCCUGCUGCUAAAGAUCAUGGACCAUGCAGCUUCUCCUCAGUACAUAUGGGACAGAAUGCUGGGGGGUUUCAAACACAAAAACAACAGGACCAGAGAGGGGGUUUGUCUCUGUCUAAUAGCAACUCUAAACAUAUACGGUGCCCAAGGCUUAACCCUAAGUAAAAUAGUACCACAUAUAUGUAACCUACUUGGAGACCCUACGAGUCAGGUUCGAGAUGCGGCUAUGAAUUCUCUCGUGGAAAUAUAUAGACAUGUCGGAGAGAGGGUUAGGAUUGACCUUAGCAAAAAAGGACUGCCGCAAUCACGGUUGAAUGUCAUUUUUAGCAGAUUUGAUGAAGUCCAAAGAGCUGGGAACAUGAUCCCCUCAUCUGGUUCAGAUAAGAACUUUGAUGACGAGGACUCAGUGGAUGGGGGCAGGUCCUCCUCCUCUUCAUCAUCUAAGGGCUUCUCCAACAGCAGAAGAGGAGGCAGCAUGGGCUCAAUGAGACGACCCAGUUCUGCCUCUGGAUCCAGAGCUGCAGGGAAGGAUGUCAGUGCAGGAGCCGUGGAUGAGGAGGAUUUCAUCAAAGCUUUUGAAGAUGUUCCUGCAGUACAGAUAUAUUCCAGUAAGGAGUUAGAGGAUUCAAUGAAUAAGAUCCGUGAGGUUUUAUCAGAUGACAAGCAAGACUGGGAGCACAGAGUCGUCGCCCUGAAAAAGAUGCGAUCGCUGCUUCUGGCUGGUGCAACCGAACAUGAAGGUUUCCUUCAACAUCUCCGGCUCUUAGAAGGUGCCUUCAAGCUCUCCGCUAAAGAUCUUCGGUCCCAAGUGGUUCGCGAGGCCUGCAUCACAUUAGGGCAUCUGUCCUCAAUACUGGGAAAUAAAUUUGACCAUGGGGCUGAAAGCAUCAUGCCCACGCUGCUCAACUUGGUGCCCAACAGUGCCAAAAUCAUGGCCACAUCCGGAAUGGCAGCCAUCCGCCUCAUUCUCAAACACACACACUUUCCACGCCUUAUCCCGAUUAUCACAAGCAACUGCACUUCCAAAUCCGUCGCUGUUCGAAGACGAUGUUACGAGUUUUUAGACCUGUUAUUGCAGGAAUGGCAGACACACACUCUGGAGAGACAUGUGGCGGUUUUAACCGAGACCAUCAAGAAGGGGAUCCAUGAUGCUGACUCAGAGGCUAGAUCUGUGGCCAGAAAGUGUUACUGGGGAUUUCAUAGUCAUUACAAUCGGGAGGCUGAGCUUCUGUUUCAGGCGUUGGAGUUGACCUAUCAGAAGGCCCUCCAGUCUCACCUAAAGAGUUCAGACAGCGUCGUAUCUCUCCCACAAUCUGACCGCUCGUCCUCCAGUUCUCAAGAGAGUCUAAAUCGACCACUCUCUGUGAAAACUGUAAUUGGAGCCCCCGUAACAAGAAGUAAAGUCAUUGGCUCUAGGGUGUCCUCCACACCCGGUGCCCUCCAGCGCUCCCGCAGUGAUGUGGAUGUGAAUGCGGCCGCCAGCGCCAAAUCCCGCAUGUCCAGUGCAACGCCCCAAUCUCCCUUCAGCUCCGCCGCAGCUCUACCACCGGGCUCCUACGCCUCUCUGGACGGUGCGCCUGGUAAAAUAGAUGGUCGUGUGCGUACAAGGCGGCAGAGCUCAGGUAACACGGUCAACGCUAGCAGCACAGUGACGGAUAGCCGCGGUCGAAGCAGAGCGAAAGUGGUGUCUCAGUCCCAGCGAUCCAGAUCAGCUAAUCCCACUAGUGCCGGCAGCCGAUCCAGCUCUCCGGGGAAGCUAUUAGGGCACACAUAUGGCAGAGUUCCUCGGGCCACUGCCCCAACAACGCCCUCAGACAAGUACUCGAGGAUCCCGAAAAGUCAGGGCUGCAGCCGGGAGACCAGCCCUAGCAGAUUGGCCUUGGCCAGGCUAUGUGGUAAAGCUCUUCUUCCUGCCACUUCUCCCUAUCGCACGCUAGCACGGAGCAGUCGCAUCCCCCGCCCCAGCAUGAGUCAGGGGUGCAGCCGUGACACCAGUCGCGAGAGCAGCCGUGACACCAGCCCCGCUCGGGGCUUUACUCCUCUUGCCUCCCGACGCCACUCUCGUUCCACCAGCGCCUUGUCCACGGCCGAACCCGUGGGCCAGUCAGAUCGAUUCGGCCUGAUCCAUCAGGCUCGUAUUUCUGCGUCGGUCAAUGCCAUGAGGGUCCUGAACACUGGGACAGAGGUGGAAGCUGCCGUGGCUGAUGCUUUGCUGUUAGGAGACUCCAGAAAUAAGCGCAAGCCUUUGAGAAGGAGGUACGAGUCAGACGACGACGCCAACAGCGACGCAUCCAGCGCUUGCUCCGAACGUUCCUAUAGCUCCCGUAACGGAGGCAUCCCGCACUACCUGCGGCAGACGGAGGACGUGGCGGAGGUGCUGAACCACUGCGCCAGCUCCAAUUGGUCUGAGAGGAAGGAGGGCCUACUGGGUUUGCAGAACCUACUAAAGAGUCAGCGUAUUCUCAGCCGUGUGGAGCUUAAGAGGCUUUGUGAGAUCUUCACCAGAAUGUUUGCUGAUCCUCACAGCAAGGUGUUUAGCAUGUUCUUGGAGACUCUGGUGGACUUCAUCACUGUACACAGGGAGGAUCUUCAAGACUGGCUUUUUGUACUCCUCACUCAGCUACUGAAGAAGAUGGGAGCUGACCUCUUGGGCUCAGUCCAAGCUAAGGUUCAAAAGGCUCUGGACAUCACACGGGAAUCUUUCCCAUUUGACCAACAGUUUAACAUCCUGAUGAGAUUUAUUGUUGAUCAGACCCAAACCCCUAAUCUUAAGGUAAAGGUGGCCAUCCUGAAAUACAUCGAGUCCUUGGCGCGGCAGAUGGACCCCGGAGACUUUGUGAAUUCGAGUGAGACGAGAUUAGCUGUCUCCCGCAUUAUCACCUGGACCACAGAACCAAAGAGUUCUGACGUUAGAAAGACCCUUCAUAACUGGGCAAGUGAGGAGUUGUCAGGCAGGCCCACCACUACAGCCCUACUGCCUGGAGAUAGUCAGCUGGAGGACAGGUGCAAGCAGGCUGCCCAGAUCGUGCUGAUCUCACUUUUUGAGCUGAACACCCCUGAGUUCACCAUGCUGCUGGGUGCUCUUCCCAAAACAUUCCAGGACGGAGCCACCAAGCUCCUGCACAACCAUCUGAAGAACUCCAGCAACACAAGCAGCGUCAGUUCUCCGAGCAAUACUUUGGGUCGCACUGCAUCCCGUCACCCCACAAGCAGGACCAGCCCUCUUACGUCUCCAACUAACUGCUCACACGGUGGGCUGUCACCCAGUCGGUUAUGGGGUUGGAGUGUCGAUGGGCUCUUAAAGCACCCACCUCCCCCUCCUCCUCCUCCUCCUCUUCCUCCAUCUCACUCCUCUAUUCCUGCUGGCCCCUCCCUUAGGGCCUUCCGCUGCACUCUCUCAUCAAGUAUGCUGGAGUAUGACACAGAAAACAUGAACUCUGAUGAGAUCUUUAGCUCACUGCGUGGUGUCACAGAGGCCAUCCAAAGCUUCAGUUAUCGCAGCCAAGAGGACCUGAAUGAGCCAAUCAGACGUGAUGGCAAAAAGGACGAUGCUGUUGGAAGGGAAGGUGCGUCUCCAGGAUCUGAUGCUAGACUGGGAUUGGACGUAAUGGAAGGAGGUCGAACCGCUUUGGAUAACAAAACGUCUUUGCUUAACACGCCGUCCCCGCGGUCUUUCGCCGUGCCACGGACACGCGAGUUCGCCCCGUACGGCUACGGAGACACAAUUGCACCCUAUGACAAAAGCGCCCUUAAAGAGGCCGUCUUCGAUGAUGAUGUGGAUCAGUUUCGUGACUGCCGUCGACAGGACUGUGGUGAGAACAAGAUGGUGCUGCCCAAGACCUUUACUCCUGAUCUGGUGGCAGACCUGCUGAAGGAGCUGUCCAAUCACAAUGAGCGAGUGGAGGAAAGAAAGGGAGCCUUAAUCGAGCUGUUGAAGAUCGCACGUGAGGACAGCCUUGCUGUUUGGGACGAACACUUCAAAACCAUCUUACUGCUGCUAUUAGAAACACUUGGGGACAAGGAUCACACAAUCAGAGCACUGGCUUUAAGGGUUCUGAAGGAGAUCCUGAGGAACCAACCAGGACGCUUCAAGAACUAUGCAGAACUCACCAUCAUGAAGACGCUAGAAGCUCACAAGGACUCUCAUAAGGAGGUGGUAAGAGCAGCUGAAGAGGCUGCCUCUACAUUGGCCGGUUCCAUUCACCCAGAGCAAUGCAUCAAAGUGCUAUGUCCCAUUGUACAGACUGCAGACUAUCCCAUCAACCUGGCUGCUAUUAAGAUGCAAAGCAAAGUCGUUGAGCGCAUUUCGAAAGAGUCCUUGCAUCAGUUAAUGCCAGACAUCAUUCCUGGACUCUUACAAGGCUAUGACAACACAGAAAGUAGUGUUCGCAAGGCCAGUGUGUUUUGUCUGGUGGCCAUCUAUUCAGUGAUUGGUGAGGAGCUGAAGCCCCACUUGGCCCAGCUCACCGGUAGCAAGAUGAAGUUGCUGAAUCUAUACAUUAAGAGGGCCCAGACUACAAACAGCAACAGCAGCAGUUCUUCAGAUGUUUCCUCUCACAGCUAGCCAGAUAUACUUUGUUCAGUGCCCUUCAUGUGCUUUUGGAAACAUAGCUGUGCCUCCUCCAUACAUCGUGUUUUAAUUUAUCACAAUCUAGCUUGAUAUCUCCAGGAGAAACAUGUUGCUCAUCACAAUCAGACUGUUUUUCAUCUAAUUCCUGGAAACCUCUUAGUUACUCUCACAUGAUUCCUUUGAUCUGUGGAACAUUGACAGAAUGUAAGGAUAGUGGAAAAACGAAUUCCGGCUUUUUGAUAGGGAACAAAUCUUGCUUCCUUAAAUCGAGCAAACACGCUUGCUUCAACUUUGUUAAUAACUUGUUUGCAAUUGGUGUUAUAGGUUUAAGUUAUUUGACUACAUUUUAAAUGGGCACAGUUGGCUAAUACAUCACUUAAAUCUUAGUUAAUGCUAGUGGAUCAUUUGGCUGGCCGAGUGAUAAAUGUAAAGACUAGAGAAAAAAAAUUAAACAACUUGUAGGUUUGGCUACAAUGACAACCAAAAAAGAACGUUCUAAUAUUAAUUUUUAUUUCUUGUAUUAGCAAGUACACUGAUGAAAUGGGACCAUAUCGUACCCCCAAUGGCAAAAAUGUAGGAAAUCUUUUUUUUUUCAAGUCUUAGGCAAAUUAUAAAGCCUUUGUAUUAAUUUUAGUAAGAUGGAUAAUGUGUUUAAAAAUGCCUCACUACAGAACACAAGGACAAACUUCUGAAUGUAAAGUUGUUUUUUAUCUUUCGAAAAAGUGAAGGGUUUCGUGAGUAAAUUAUUAACAAAACAUGCCAGGAAAGACGUGCGAGCCACAACCAACAAAAUAAUGUAAAAAGUUCACUAAUGCUUGUCAUUUAUGUGGAAACGGAGUUGAAAAAUAUAACCAGGAGCGUCUGUAACCUGCUUACACUUUAUGCUCUAUAGGGGCGAGAACUACUAUGCCUUAUGUUUAUUCUGUUUUCAAUACUCGGACUGUUAAAAUUUCCACAGUUGUUCACACUACUACAAUGUUAAAGCAUGGCACUGCAAAUGUCUGUGACACUAAUGUAAACCCUCGAAUCUUGGAUCACUAGAGAUUGAGGCUGUGUUAUGUUCUCAGAGACCUUUGUUUCUCCAUCCGAUCUUAAAUGCUGGGAGUUAAGUGUAUUGUACAUACCUUUCAAUCUUGCUUUUCACUUCCCACAGGAAAGAAAAAAAGGUGUUGCACUCUUUCGCACGUUAACAAAUAGCCUGCAUGUUUUGAAGACGUAACAAUCCUGUGCUGCCGUGACUGACCGAAGUUUGGCUGUUUGAGAAAUCUGUAACCUCAGCAGUCUGGUCGGUCUGUAAAUACAGUAUUAUUAUUGUUAUUAAUGAUAUUUCACCCAUGUUGGGAAGUAGGCAAGUGCAAAAUUUAAGAGUUGACCAAAAUGUCUGUUUAUUCUCAGACUGUGAACCAGACCACAUUAAAAAAAUUAAGGACAGGCACUGGAAGCAGCCUACUAUCUUUGAGUAUUAUAUACUGGGGCAUGUGGCUUUUAUUGGUAUGCUAAGUGUGCAUACUCUUGUUUAAGGCAGCGUUCAUUCGAAUAGUUUUUAACUGAUUUAGACCAUUGACCAUUAUUUUGGUUUAGACUGGGGCAAUUCGUUAAAAAAAAGUUAAUUUAAGGAAAAAAGCCAAUGGUGAAGAUCAGCAGUGCAAGUAUUAAACUUAAAAGCAGCUCACUGAGUUUUCUGAAGCGUUGAACUCUAAUAGUAUUUCAUCUAACUGUUCACUAAGCAUGUUAGAUUUUGUUAAGUUUUGUCAUUGGACACUGAUACACUCUUGUAUUUAUACAUUUAUUUUAUUUCCUUUACUUUCCCAAUGUACAGUUUUUUUCAAAGCUUGUGAUAGAUUUACAACAACUUAAGUUUGCCCUGGAAAUAAAACAACCAGAAAUAUGAA